GUCCACAUACUUUUCUGGAAGCUUGGCGCCUGGUAAACUAAACUGUGGAGGAAUCGAAGGGGUUUCGAAUGUCGGCGGACCUCCCGGUCCUCUGCCCCCUUCUCCAUAGACGCCGACAGAGACCAUCGCUCGGACUGCAAUCAACCGAGACCCGUGCCCAGCCAGCCGAGCGGGAGCCAUGCCUGUCCCCGCUGGACACGCCAGCGACUCCCCGGCCGCGGCCUUCGCAUCCUCGGCCUCGCUUAUUCCUCCGCCGCCGAUUAACACCCGGCAGCCCGGUGUUGUCACCUCGCUGCUGUACAGCGGCUCCAAGUUCAGGGGCCACCAGAAGAGCAAAGGGAACUCUUACGACGUGGAGGUUGUUUUGCAGCAUGUCACCAUGGAGGAUUCCUACUUGUGUGGCUACCUGAAGAUAAAAGGGCUGACUGAGGAAUACCCGACUCUGACCACGUUCUUCGCCGGGGAGAUCAUCAGCGGGAAGCGGCCGUUUCUCACCCGGAAGUGGGACGCAGACGAGGAUGUGGACCGUAAGCACUGGGGCAAGUUCCAGGCUUUCUACCAGUACGCAAAGUCAUUCAACUCGGAUGAUUUUGACUAUGAGGAUCUGAAGACCUCUGACUACAUAUUCAUGAGGUGGAAGGAGCAGUUCCUGGUGCCCGACCACACAAUAAAAGACAUCAGCGGAGCUUCCUUUGCUGGAUUCUACUACAUAUGCUUCCAGAAAUCCACGGCAACGAUCGAGGGCUACUACUACCACAGGAGCUCCGAAUGGUACCAGUCCCUGAACCUCACCCACGUUCCCGAGCACAGCGCUGCCGUCUACGAGUUCCGGUGACCCCGGCUGCCUCCGCGGAUCCUCGCGUGAUAGGACACAGGCGAAGGUCACAGCAGAAGGUCUGCAGACUCGUACGCGUGGCCAACAAUCGGACGCAGAGUGACCGGUGGACGGAUGAAUGUAUGGAUGCCAACCAGCAGCUCCCACCGGGCCGCAGGACUUCAUCAUCAGUUUUAACGUCUGGUUUGAAAAACUCGCACGCUCUGUUUGCAACCAGAAGCGUCGCCGGCUUUCACUCGGCCAAUGACGGGUGAGCAUGAACGCACAUGACCUCCCCCCCCCCUGGACGACGACUCUGAGGACGCCGACACGACCUCUAACCAAGUAAAACGCCAUGUCGGUGGGCGAGGAGUUUGGCUUCCUGAUUGAUCGGAGCGUUAAUCAGCCCAUAAGCUACAGCGGCAGUAUUUGGGGCUCUUUGUUUGUCCGCCAACAGGAUGGUUGAGUGACACUUUUAAAGGCUGCAAUGUGAGUGACGAGCUGAACGAGCCCCCCCCCCCCCCCAGAGAUUAUUAUCGACAUGUGGCUGCUGUGGAUCUUGUUCUAUUGCAUUACAUUUGCACAAAGACGGACUUUACGUUACAAAUGAUGAGCAGGACGAGCUUCUUGACGGGUUUUUAAGGGUUUGACAGCGGAGGUUCAGAGCCAAAACAAACACAAGUAUUCUUUUUUCUUUUCACUGCAUCAAACAAAGAGCUUUUUACUCCCUCGUCUGUCCUUUUAAACGAAGAUGCUCUCCAUCCCCACGUUUCUGUCCCCUCGACUAUGCAACGCUUUUAACAUGGCACUCUUCAAACAUAAAACCUGCAGUUUUCAGAGACAGAAUUGUAUUCUAUCCUUGUGUGUAUAUAUAAUGUGUGUAUGUAUAUGAAAAAAGAAAAGAAUCUAUCUUCAUGAAAGGAAAUACUUUGUUCAAAUUGCCUAUGAAAACACUCCCUGAUCAUGUUCCCUUCCCGCGUGAUGGUGCCAUCUCUCUAAAGUUUAUCAGAGUUGUAUUAUAACAGUGUGUUUUGGAUUGAAUUGGUGUGACUGUAAAGAAUGGAUUUAAAAAAAA